AUGGCACCUCUUCGACUAGCUCGUACCUUUACCGCCCUGACAGCUCCAGCUAACCAAAGCUUCCUCUCCCGUCGCAACACCAGCUUCUUCCACUCUACCGCUUUCAACAUGGGUGUCACCAAGACCACGCACCAGGAGGGCACUGGCGCCACCCCCAAGGUUGGCGACCGUGUUACUAUUGAGUACACCGGCUACCUCAAGGACACCUCCAAGCCCGACAACAAGGGCAACAAGUUCGACAGCUCCGUCGGCCGUGGUGACUUUGUCACCGCCAUCGGUGUCGGCCAAGUCAUCAAGGGCUGGGACGAGGGUGUCGUCAAGAUGAAGGUUGGCGAGAAGGCCACCCUGGACAUCACCAGCGACUACGGCUACGGUGCUCGUGGCUUCCCUGGCCACAUCCCGGCCAACUCUGACCUCAUCUUCGACGUCCUCCUGAAGAAGAUCAACUAA